AAGGUAAAGGAGGCAGGCAAAGCGAGACCAGAGCGUAGCAGUCAGCGCGUGAGAGAGAGAGAGAGAGAGAUGGCAGCAGGAACGGCUUGGGCGGGGUGCCAUCUCGCCCGCCUCCCCCACAUUCCCAUCUCGGUCAGCAUCCCCGUGGCCGGCGCUGGCGCUAGCAGCAGGAGGAGGCGGCCCGGGUUAGCGGCGGCGGCGGGGGCAGCAGCAGCAGCAGCGACAGACGGGCGGGUGCUGGGCCGGCGCCCCGUGGAGGACGUGUACAAGGUGCGCGUGGUGCGCGGCGCGGCGGCGCAGGAGCGGGUGGAGGCGCUGCGGGCGAUGGAGACGUGGUCGACGUGGCGCACGGGCGGCCGCUGCCGCCUGGCCUGGGACUGGCAGGUGGACCAGCUCGUGUACAUCGUCGCCGGCGAGGUCCGCGUGCUCCCCGCGGGUGCCACCACCGGCGAGGAGUACAUGCACUUCGUCGCCGGCGACCUGGUCCGGUACCCCAAGUGGCUGGAGGCGGACCUCCACUUCGACGGGCCCUACGAGGAGCGCUACCGCUUCCUCGCCUACGGCGACGACAACUGAACCGCUCCUCCUGGACGAAUCCUGCCUGUAUCGUCAGUAGCCUAGCUAGCACCAUAGUCCUACUAGUUCACUGAAGCUUUCGUUCGAGUUCCUGCCUGGAUGAUUUCCUUUUGUUUACCAUAUACUCCUAGCCUGGGACAACAAGGAGUACGUAUUUCCUA